CAAACCAAAGUCAGGCUUUAGGGUGAGCUGGUGUUGGACGAAACAUGAAGACUCUGCUGUUGACCGGUGUUCUUAUGCUGUGGUUGACCACAGCCUCAGUUGGGGGGAAUCAGCAGGAACCACAGCUCUUACAGGGACCUGGACUUGGACAUGAUCUGAGUGGAUACCUCACUGGCCGUCUGAAGUCAAGAAGGGCUAGGCAAACCCUGCCUUCCGCUGAUGACAGUCCACUCACUGAGGGUGGAGAUGCCUCAGAUCUGCCAACAUGUCUGCUGUGUGUUUGUCUGACUGGAUCUGUUUACUGUGAGGAGGUCAGUCCUGACAUGACCACGGUCCCCACUCUGCCCAAAGAAACUGCCUACCUUUAUGCCCGUUUCAACAAAAUCAACAAGAUCACUACCAAAGACUUUGCUGACAUUUUGACUCUCAAAAGAAUUGAUCUGACAGGCAACAUAAUCUCAGAGAUUGAAGAUGGGGCUUUUUCCAAACUAACACUGCUGGAGGAACUGUCUCUGGCUGAGAACAGACUGGUCAAACUGCCCAUGUUACCAACCAAACUGUCAGCAUUCAACGCAAACCACAACCUUCUCAAAACCAAGGGAGUCAAGGCCAACACCUUCAAGAAACUAACAAAGUUGGUCAACCUGUUUCUGGCCGACAACCAGCUGGAAGCCAUCCCACAAAUACCUGAAAGUGUCCGAAUCCUUCAUCUGCAGAACAAUAACAUUACUGAAGUGAACAAAGACACCUUUUGCAGAUCCAAUGACACCUACUAUCUACGACCAAGCCUUAACGAAGUGCGUCUGGAUGGAAAUCCUGUGGUUCUGUCUACGUUCGCAGACACCUUCACCUGUAUGAAGGUGCUGCCAAUAGGCCGCUACCGCUGAACACAAAGGAACUUUAGCCCAUUUGUUGCUAAUGGAAUUGUUUUCUAAUACCGUGACAUUUUGGAUUUUGACUGCAGGUCCCUUGGUGAGCAUAAAGGUAUUUUUACAUCAGACAACCUAAAGUUUGUGGCAAUGUUAGAUCAACUUGACACCAUUCUGGACUAAAGAUGUUGAAUAUAAAGCAUUUCUCUACUUUAAAUGGUGCAAAGUCACUUUAAUCAUCCAAAACUCCUCACAUACUUCUGGGUCUUCUCCAGGCUCCACCCAUCUGCCUUCACCAUCUCCCUCAUUUAGGGUUAAUCCACUGUAGGAACAGCAUUUCCCACUGCUGUUCAAAAAUAGAUAUGCCUUUCCUAUGGCUGAAAGGUUUGUCUGAAGCAGACAAAGGGCAAAGGUCACCUCUGAGUUCAGUCAGACCAUGAUUUCACAUACAGUUACAGAUGGUUUGGACUAUGGAUUAUUGUGCAGAUUCUUCUCUCUACGUUCUAAUGCACACAUUAUUUUAUGGAUAACUGAUUUCCUGAAGAAGCUCUUAUACCCUUGUACCCUCUUACAGCCCAAAGCAGUGUCUUAAGAGAGAUUUCUUCCACAAACCAAUAAUUAAAAUUAGGACAAAUCUGUACAUUUCAGAAGCAAUGUGUAAAAUAUUUUCUCAGUUCCCUAAAAUGAUUUUAUGUUUUAAGUUUUAUUCAUAUUAGUCAUUAUUUUAAUGAAUAUGAAUUAUUUUCAGUAUUUUUUACAGUCACAUAUGGAGUUUUUUUUUUGUUUUUGUUUUUGUUUUUACCUUGUAUGUGUGAUCAUAGUUUAUUAUCACAACUUGAUUAAAGGUUGAACAUAGAAAUAAAAUGUUUUUGGUCGAGUAAACCCAAGCCUGAGUACUUUCAGCAGUAAGUAUUUGGAGGGAUGUUAAGGAGUUUAUCUACACGCUUCAGUCAUACAAUUAACCAGUGAUUUUUAUCAGUUAAAAUGUGUCUUUCGGACAAAGCAUGUAUUUCUAAGACAAACAUUUAUUACUCAAAUUGGAACAGUCAUCAUGAAUUCUGUGUUUCAACAGACUGUAAAUACUUCCAUAUUAUUUCCAUGUAAGGUUUUAGACACAAAUGAUCUAAACUCGUUCUGCGUGAUGUGAUUCAACUUCACAAUGGCUGAAAAAUAACUCAAUAUUUUGUGACUUUACUUUUUUUAAUUUAUAAACUCCAGUUGAAGUAACGUGGGGAAAAUGUAUCGAUAAACUAUGGUAAUGUGAAAGUUAUUCCUUUAUAUGUUUUAAGCUUUGCUAUCCGUCUAAAUUCUUCCCAUACAAUGAAAAAAUUUACACGUGAAUAAGAUAGUGUUGUAUAGGAAGAUGUGAUGUGACAUGGUCAUGUUUUUAAGAUAUUUUAAACUUUUAGGAUAAUAAACCUUUUUUUAAAUUAAAUUUUGUUGUUGGAGGUUUUUUUUAAUACAUGA